UUGCAGUCCCAGCCUUACAGCGCACGUUUGAGAGCGAAAAAUGCUUACGGACAGUCCAACCAACCGAUUCAUCAUUCGCAGUAUUAUCACCUUUUUCCAAUCUUAUGCGCCGUUCUGCUUGGGAUAUGUUGCCUGGAGUCUGGUCGCGAGCCAAUGGCCAGCAUGGAGUCUAGGAUUCGAGGAUUACUUACACCGGACGUGGAUGUGGAGGAUAUGUUUGCCGGAAGCGUUGUUCUACGUCUUCUUCUUAUGGUAUAAACGGCACAUACAGAAGGAGGCGAUACAUCCUCCGGUGAAGACGCGCCAGGAACGACAGGACUUGUUCAACAAAUGCCAGCGAGAGAUUCACGAUCCGAUCUCCUUCCUCAGUGGGUGGUUCCGCGGUGCGAGAGUUGAAGACAUUGGACGGGAAGAGCUGCGCAAGUUUGUGGAUUGGAGCUUUUGGGAAGGGCGUGCAGAACUGGCUAGCGAGAAAGAUGGAGAUAACGCAGAGAUUGAGGAGUAUAUGAACAAGAUGGAGAUCAUGAUGCCGCAGCCAUUCCAGAAAGGCCCGGGCAAAGCGCGCAGUUUGCGCCUGACGCUGGAUCCGAUUGAGAUCGAGCCCAGGAGCCUGAUGUGGUACAGCUUGAUCAUGCUGGCCGACACCUUCACACUCUUGCUGCUGUAUCUCAAAGGCUACAGCUACUACCGGCGUACUUUCUGGAAGGCUUUGGCAGUGUUUCCGCCGCGCCCUGCGGCAUUCUUCACCCGCAAGACCUCUGUGGCUUCCAGGCUUUCAUACUUCUUACGCGAGCACACAUCAAAGACGCGCCUUCCGGUUGUGUAUAUCCAUGGUAUAGGGAUUGGACUUCUGCCGUCUGUGACCUUUCUGGCCGAGCUCAACCACGAAUUGAAUGACGGACGCAGCGAAGACGAUCAGGUGGGAAUCCUCGCGUUGGAAGUCCUCCAGAUCUCCUCUCGCUUGACAGAAUCGAUUCCCACAAGGACUGAACUCCUCGCGCAGCUCACCACCGUCAUCAAUCACCACUUCGGUGAAGGCCGCUUUGUUCUGGGUGCGCAUUCGUAUGGAACCAUUCUCAGCGCCCAGAUCCUUCGCGACAAGAAUCUUUCUCCACGCAUUUCUGGCACACUGCUCGUUGAUCCAGUCACUUGCAUGUUGCAUAUGCCCGAUGUGGCUUACAACUUUACUUGCCGACCACCAGUACGUGCGCCUGAGUGGCUUCUCUGGUACUUUGCCUCCAAGGAUCCCCAAAUCGCGCACACUUUGGGACGUCACUUCUUCUGGACCGAGAACGUGCUCUGGCGGGACCAGAUCGAUCAUUUGAUCGAGAAUCAUGGCAUGCGCUUCACAGCUUCCAUUUCAUCGGAUGAUCUCAUAUUGAAUGCGAAGGCAGUGCGAGCAUAUCUGGAGAAUGGUACCAAGUCCGACCCUGUCAUCACAAAGGAUGAAGAAGGGAGGAAGACGAUGGACCUGGAGCCCACCGAUGUGGCCACUUCAAAGCCAUGGCGCGGCUCGGGGUUGGAGACUAUUUGGUGGCAAGGCCACGAUCAUGGCGAUGUCUAUGUGCGAAAAGAUCAUCGAGCAAGACUCAUCAAGGUGAUAGAAGAAUACUGCCGAGGACAGUGAGAGUCGUGCAAGAGCAGCGAGAAACCAUGAUACCCCGUACUUAAUGAUAGAGGUAAGACUAAUCAUCAACAUAAUGUGUAGCAUAGUAUGUACAACAAACUCAGGUCUGUGUUGUUUCUGCCUGCCAAUGCAUUACCUGAUCAGCGGAAAGUCACCGCCAGCG